CGCCCAACUCUUCUCCUCCUUCCAUCCACCCAUACCUCAAUCCGCCCCCCCUCACUUCGUCCGAUCCACUGCAUCUCAUAGAAUUGUCUCUGACCGGCCUGUAAGGCUGCUAUCAUCUCCUCCCCGCGUAAGCGCCACGAUGGAAGACUACGACAUGGAAUCCCCACAUGCCGGCCAGGACGCACUCCGGCAUCCGCGACACAGCAAGAGCCAGCGCGCGAAGAAUAGCCACCCCAGCUCGCCUCCUCAGCGCUCUUCAAGUCCUCGCUACGCCUACUCGGAUGUCGCUAGCGAGCGCGGUGACAUGGAUGUGGAUGACGAGAUCGACGAGCUCCUCUCGGACGAUGCGCGGGGGGGCGAAGAUCGCGGUGACGAUGAGGAAGAAGACGACGGCGGUGAAGCCGGCAAAGCCGAUGGGCAGCGCAAUUGUUUAUGGGAAGGCUGCGGCGAGGUCCUUGAGGACCAGGCUGAACUAGUCAAGCACGUGCAAGAUGCGCAUAUCGGCACAGGGCGACAGCCGUACGCGUGUCUCUGGACGACGUGUUCUCGAGUCGGACAGCGACAGGCAAGCCGACACGCGCUGCUGACACACAUGCGCUCACACACUGGCGAGAAGCCAUACGCAUGUCCCGAGCCUGGCUGUGGGCGUACGUUUACCCGCUCUGAUGCGAUGAACAAGCACGUCAAGUCGAUCCACGCGCCUGGCGCGCGCCCAAGAAGGCGCGAAGAGGUGGUGAUCGAUGCCGAGGAGCCGACCAAUGCGGACCGUGACCUGGCCAAGGAUGACGACUUGGCCGAGGUAAUCGUGCGUCUGCGCUCCCGCGAUCGCGUGCACUUCAAGCCUGCGAAUGCGGAGGAGGAGGCUGCAAUGCGGUACAUGCGCGAAACGCGGCCGGGCGGGGCGCCGGCGCGCAACCGCCGUGGACGCAAGAAUGCGGUGUCAGACAGCGAUGAGUUCGACGAAGGCGCCGGCAAGAAGUAUCCCAACAAGCGCAAGGUCGAAGGGUACCUCAUUGACCAGGGCGACAACGAGGUGCCUAUGAUGAGCCGUUCGCGAUGGCAAGCAAAAUACGUCAUGGCCAAGGCCAAGCUCAUGCUUGUUGACGAGGAGAACAAGAUGCGCCGCGACGAGCUGGCCUUCUGGGAGGCUGAAGAGGCUCGCACAAUGGCCCUGUUGGGUCUCAGCGGCCCUCCGCGUCCCGUCGACGUUCCCAAUUCGGCUGAGUCUGAGCCACGCCACUCAGAACCCCGCGCCGAACGCCAGCCCGCUGCCCGCCGCCCGCCACAUUCGCGUCGUAGCCGAGGAAACGCGUCGCCUGAGCCCAACAGACGAGCGAGCGGACACCGUGGCCCCAAGCACGAGCCGGUGACCCUGGACGAUGAGCUGUACGAGGCGGCUAUGGGAUAGAGGUGGAAGCAUGUAGAGCAGCGACAACUAUUGUAGCACACAUAUGGCAGUGGAUUCCGAGUGUCUUGUAGAGGUGCAUGUAAACGUGACCUCCUCGGUCAUUUGCUAG